UUGGAGGUGUUUUAGUGAAAUCAAUACCACUCAAAUGUCCAUGUUACGUUACAAAAAACAAUACGUUGUGUCAAUUUGACAUGCAUCGAAUUCAAUUUGGAAAUCAGUGAUAGCUUUCUUCCAAAUGAUUACCUCCCUUCGACCAUCAGCUAUUUAGCCAUGCUGUCAUCAGCUUUCUCCAUAACAAUUCAAAAUUGCCUUACUUUUCUUUGAAUUUAAGAUAGUAAAAAAAACUUUUACUUUUAUAUCGUCUUCAUGACAUUGUGCUUUUCCACAGAUGAAAAAUUCUCUCCUAUGCAAGCAAGACCACCUUUGCUGAAUUCUUGUUUUGACGAAAUCGUAAAUGGUAACUUUAUCGAAAGUUUAACAUAGCAUUGAUGACGCUAUAUUGAGACCACAAGACAGCAUGAAAUGGAUAUCAAACAUGCAAUGGCCAGUUGUGUGGGUCAAGGAUUGAAACUCCAUGGUCAAGAAAUCAGACAGCGAAAAAUUCCAAACCAGAACAUUGUCCAAAGGUUUUUUUAUCAACAAACACACGCUUCACUUCCUGGGGCACAAUUCAACAGAGCACGAUCAUUGUACACAAAUGUUUUCCCAAACUUCACAGUUGUAAAUGUUGAAAAACCUCCAUGUUUCCUUAGGAAAUUUUCUCCUGAUGGGAGAUACUUCAUAGCUUUUUCUUCAGACCAAACAUCAAUAGAAAUUUAUUCAUUUCAAGGUUCAGCCGCUGCAGAAGAUAUUUUACAAAAUGUUAAAGGAGAUUUCAUGGGCACUGAUCAGGAAUCAUUACGUGUCCGUGCAGUUUUGUUUGACAAGUUUUUUAAGUUGAGACAUGUGACACAUGUAGCUAAUCAUGGUGAGCAUUUGAACAGAGAAUGUAGCCUUUUUACAGAUGAUGGGAACUAUGUGAUUGUUGGGUCAGCAAUGUAUAUACCUGAUGAUCCAUACCCACUCUUUUGGGAGAUGUAUCGAAAUAAUGAAUCGGUCUCCCCAAAUCAACGUUCUCCUCUUGAAAAUUAUUCCUUGCUCCUAAUUGACCUUGAAACAGGUAGACUUUGUGACUCAAGGCAGUUUCGAUGUGAUAAAAUCUUUCUGUCUCAUAACCAAGGCCUGUAUCUGUACAAAGACACACUGGCUGUACUUUCUGUCCAACAACAGAUAAUACAUAUCUUCCAGGUCCACACCAAGAAUGCUUGUUUUGUUGAUGUGAGGAGCAUCGGGCGUUUUUGCUAUGAAGAUGAUGGAUUAUACUUUCAUAUGGGUCUUGACAGGGUGAGCGGGCAACCACAUAGGCCAUUUUAUGACAAUACAAUAAAUUCCUUAAAGCACAGGCUGAUGGUGUUCUUGUAUCGUAGGGCUAUAAACGAAGGUACAUUAUAUGCUCUACGCAAGUUUUACAAAUACUUUGACCAAUUCAAAGCUCUUCGCAUGUGGAAAAUGCAGUUACUGGAUGAAAACCAUCUCCUGAUUAAAUAUGCUAGUGAGGAUGUUGUUACUUUGAAAAUUUCUGAUCCAAAUUCUCAGCCAUCUUUUUUCGUUGUGUACAACAUGGUAACAACAGAGGUUCUGACAGUUUGUGAAAACAUCUCUGAGGAUCUGUUGGAACUGUUUGAAAAUUUCUGUGACUUAUUCAGAAAUGCAACACUUCAUGAUGGAGCACAGUUCACAUGUUCUGCUUCUAGCAAUAUUUAUGCACGACAGAUACAACAGCGAUUCAAGCAUACUAUUAUCAAUGCCAAGUUCGGAGGUCAUACAGAGGCUGUUAAACGCUUACUGGCACAACUACCAAUAAGUUCUCAAUCUUACAGUUGUAGUCCCUACCUUGACUUGGCACUGUUUAGCUAUGAUGAUAAGUGGGUUUCCCAGAUGGAGCGUCCAAAGGCUUGUGGAGAUUAUCCAAUCAGGUUUUAUGCUCGAGACUCUGGAUUGUUGAAGUUUAAAAUCUAUGCUGGUGUGAUGGGACGAAGUCCUCCCCCAACAGCUAGAAGGCUGGUAGCUUUUACAUUCCAUCCCAGUGAACCGUUUGCAAUCAGUGUGCAAAGGACUAAUGCUGAGUAUGUCGUCAACUUCCACAUACGCCACAGCUACUGUAGUUAACAUCAAAUUCUUUACAGACAGCAUAUAGGGUCCACAUGCAAAGAAUUGUGUCAACGUCAUCUACAAAGGCCACAUACAGCUACAGUUGUUGUCAAAUUCUGUAUGAUAAGUGAAAAAAUUCCACAUGCAAAGCAUGGUGUCACAUCUUUCAGCUGUAAUUGAAAAUGUAAACUUAUCUACAUUUAAAAUACAAGUGAUUAGAAGCUAAAAAUGGUGUUAACAUCCAUAUUUGCUACUUUAGCCAAUACAGAGCCUUUCAUGAGUGCUGGUCUGAUAGAGAAAACUGAUGCUUGAUGUUCUAUCAAAUUCCACAUAAUGUACAGCUACCAUGAUUAUUGACAUUAGUACAAACAAGGGAAUUUUUUUUAUUUCUAAGCAUUUUUCACAUCAGAUUUCUUUUAGAUAAGCCUUGAGAAUUAUUGUUUAUGUUUUUGAGGUGUUUUUGUUGAUUCUGAAUAAUGCAUUCUGGCUUGUGUAUAUGUACAUGUGUUCAUAAGAAACAGUAAGAAUGUAUGAAUAAUUUAACAUUGGACAUAAAAUGUCUAAAUUUUUGUCACUUUUAAUGCCAAGAUUUAUAUUGCAAAACUUGAUAUUAAAUGAUGCCACAUGUC